GAUCCUGCUCUCUGCCUUCUGUCCCAGGGCCGAUAAGCCGGAGAGAUGAACGUGGGCACGGCACACAGCGAAGUGAACCCCAACACCCGGGUCAUGAACAGCCGCGGCAUCUGGCUCUCAUACGUCCUGGGGAUCGGCCUCCUGCACAUCGUCCUCCUCAGCAUCCCUUUCUUCAGUGUUCCCGUCGCGUGGACCUUAACCAACGUCAUUCACAACUUGGGCAUGUAUGUCUUCUUGCAUGCGGUAAAAGGAACCCCUUUUGAAACGCCAGACCAAGGCAAAGCUCGGCUGCUGACACACUGGGAACAGCUAGACUACGGCGUGCAGUUUACGUCUUCACGAAAAUUCUUCACGAUCUCUCCAAUAAUUUUGUAUUUCCUGGCAAGCUUCUACACCAAAUAUGACUCGACGCACUUCAUCCUGAACACGGCUUCGCUCUUGAGCGUGCUUAUCCCCAAGCUGCCGCAGUUGCACGGCGUCAGGCUCUUUGGCAUCAACAAAUAUUAAGGGAGGAAGAUCUCACACGGAAGUGAAUCUGACCCAGGCUUGGCACGGCCACUGUUUGCCUUGGAAGAAGACACCCAUUCACGGCGUCCACUCGUCUAGUAACCUGCAAGGGGACUUCCUUCUCCGAAGGUGUCAAUGCUAUCCUUUGAGAGCUGCGUGGGAGAGAAACGGGCCUUCUGGAGACAAGCCCACUUUGGAGUGUGGGCUUUCUGUGAGGAGCUGGGCGGGCCCAGCUCCACUGUGCUGGUGGCAUUGACCAGAUAUAUAUAUAUAUAUAUACCCAGCUACCUUAAGCGAUUUGCAGAAAGGGGCAUGAAUAAUGUGACGGAGACAAACGGUAGUCCCCCAUGGCACUGCCGUCUGCAUUUGUGAUAACGGGAAACACCCCAGUUCUCUGUUUAAGAGACUGGUAUGAUCUAAAUGUUGUACAGUAGCCAGUUAUUGUUUCUUGGGUGUGUGUUUUGUGUGACUCAGUGAUAUAAUGGCUCGAAAUGCCUUAUUUAUUCUCAUGACCUUGUAACCCCAGUUUCCCCAUCUUGAGGUGUCAAACCUCAGGAGACUGGGGCAUCAGCUUCCGGGCCUUUCUUCCAUAGAAAAACCGAUAUAUUUCUGGCUCAUUUUGCAGACCUAGCCGAUUAGUCUGAAAACAUUGAGAGUACCUACAAAUGAUAACUUUUAUGUUUUCAAAGCAAAAGGGGGUUUCUUUCUGUCCUAGAGCUGGGCUUUGUAAAGCCCGUUUGGGAGAAAGUGAGGUUUCAGCUUCAGAAACCGGGGACAACUGCUGGCUAACCUGACUGCCUUUCUCUACUUAGUUGGCUGACAAAAUACCUAGUAUUUCUGUGAGUUAGAAACGUCGUUUUUUUGGGAAAUGUGUUCCAUUGCUGUGCUUAGAAUUUUUGAGUGAUAGGAGGCUCUAGUACCAAGCAGGUUGCCCUGUGUAGUCGCAUCCUAAGAAUAAUAAAUCUAAUAAGUUUAUGGCGCAGUCCAAAAUAGAUUUACACCCUCCUAAAUCCAUGGAAGCCAAUGGGCUCAGAAAGGUGUAACUUUGCUUAUUAUGUUGACAAUCUCUUAUCUCCCCCCACCGUCUCUUGCAUUAUAUCUGGAGUGGUGAACUUUUAUGCAUUCCCUUAACUCCCUUCUUAAGAGAUGAGCUGGGUUGGUGGGAGAUUUGGUUUUGAAAAAGCUGGAAAUUGCUUUGCCCUACGAAGAGUCCUGGUUUGAGAGCUAGGUACUGCAAUUGUAGUGAGUGUGAGAAAAGUUGGUGUGACAAGGAGGCUGUGUGGGAACCAGUUGUUUUGCCCAACCACAGAAAGAGGCACGUGCUUUCUUCUCUUGGGAGAAAAGUGUAUCUGACAUGCUUCGAACUGGAACAAGGAAACCUGAGAUUCUCUGCCCACGGUCAAUUUGGAAUUCAAACCGGUAUUGAUGUGUGUACUCAAAGUAAUAAUUGGCCCCUUUCGAGAAACAAUGCUUUUGUUUGUUAUCCUAGCUCGGGGUGGGGGAGAGAAUGUCUUUUUGAACAAUGUCAGUGUUUUUGUAUUAAUAAAAUGAAUGACUUUGAGACUGGGAAAUUGUGUCAAUAUAGUCCUUUGUUAAGUGAAGUCCACUGUACCAAAAUUGGCUAUAUGCACUAACAGAUGGUUCUGCAAAUAGAAUUAUUGGCUGCAUUGUUUGAAAGACUACAUAAAUGCAUGUUUAGUAAAGCCCUUUCAGAAAACUGUGGAAGUUGUUCAUACAGAAGGCUUCC